AUGAGUGAUAACGAAGUAAUUGUUGAAGCGGGGCCAAGCGAAAUGAAUAAAUCCGAGAAAUCGGAGCUCGAGGUUUCCAAAUCCGCCAAAAAAAUAAGCACGAACAGUGAAGGGGACGAAGAUUUUCCUGAUCUGACAGAUUUUGUCAAUCAACGAACUGCCGAUGAACUGGACCGGAUGUUCGCUGAUCGUUAUACAAUGGAUAAUGUCCUUUAUGCGGAAAUUGCAAAUGGUUUUCCGGAUCCUAUAGUUCUGUAUCCUUGGAAUCCAAGACCAAAACGAUCCUUCAAUGACAGAUAUUCUCGUGGUAGUGGUGGCCAACGACGUCCAUGGAGAGCUGGCAGGCAACGUGGUGGAUGGGAAGGUUGGAGGAAUUCUGGCAAUGAUUCGUCGUACACUUCGCAGGGCUCGAGAAAGCGACGAAAUCCGGAUAUGGAUCGUGAUCGGAUGUACUAUCCAGGAAGUAGAAAUGACGAUUGA